AUGGAAAACUACACCUACAACAGCUUGACAUUACAACUGGAGGGGUUAAAUGUCUCAAAGGAGUCUACAUACCCUGUGUUUCUUUUCCUCCUUUUUUCCUACUUGUUUAUAAUCGUUGCAAAUGUGGGCAUUACUGUUCUGGUUUUCACUGACAAGAACCUUCAUCAGCCUAUGUAUCUCCUUUUUUGCAACCUGUCAGUCAAUGACAUACUUGGAAACUCUAUCAUGUUGCCCCGUUUACUAUUAGACAUGUUGCGGCCUCCCUCUGAGCGCCUCAUAAGUUAUUAUGAAUGUGUGGUUCAAGCUUUUACUUCACACAUGUUUGGUACUGCUUCUCAUACUGUGCUCAUGAUUAUGACCUUUGACAGAUAUGUGGCUAUCUGCAAUCCCCUGCGCUACGCUGCCAUAAUGACCAACAAAAUGGUGAUGGAGCUGACAGUUUCUGCCUGGGGAGUGGCCUUUGUUUUAGUUGGGAUUCUUCUUGGACUGACAGUACGGCUGAACCAUUGCAGGACUUUUAUCGAAAGUCCUUACUGUGACAAUGCUGGGCUGUUUAAACUAUCCUGUGAGAGUGUGUUUAUUAAUAAUGUCUAUGGCCUCACUUUCACUGUGGUCCUAUUAACAUCUUCUAUAGGCAGCAUGGUUCUCACCUAUACUAAGAUUACAGUAGUCUGUCUGACCAGUAACAACAAGUCUUUGAACAGUAAAGCCUUAAAGACCUGCAGCACUCACUUAGUUGUGUAUCUAAUUAUGUUGAUCAGUGGAUUUGUUGUAAUUAUUCUGCAUCGUUUCCCUCAGUACUCAGACUAUAGAAAACUCUGUAGCAUUUUGUUUCAUAUUGUCCCUGGGAGCCUCAACCCCAUUUUUUAUGGUGUGCAGUCAAAAGAGAUACGGAAAUUCUUGUCAAAGCAGUUUGAGCCCAAGAAGAUUUUGCCAUCAUGA